AUGUGCCCUCUUGCCCACAUUGUUAGGGGCACCACGAGAGUGGGGACCACCGUGUUCAUUCUCAGUUCCAGCUCGCGUGUCCAUGUAGCUCCAGAAGAGAAAUCCCUCAGAACAGAAGUGGCCUACCACCAGAGUCAUAAAGGACCACUACUAGGCCAGCAGCGCUCCCGGCAGGUGGACAAGAGUGAGCCGGACUCCUUUCUCAAGGUGGCGGAAGGAUAUUCAGACCUGGCCCCUGGGAGCGAAUGGAAGAUCUGUCCCCAGAGGCUGGAGAGUCACCGGGCCACCAAAUGGAGUGCCUUAUACACCACAGUCAAGACUUUCUAUUUUUGUCCUAAAGACGAUGAGGAAAUAGCAAAGAAGGGUUUCACACAGAAUGCACUUGGCAAAACUCCCAAAUCUGGUUACAACCAAGCCUGCAUCUGCUCUGCAUCUGUCCUCCAGCCGAACGUGACUGAAAGGAAGCACACAACUGCACAAACAGGUUUCAUGUCAAAGUUCGGCCUACAACCUGACUCGGCUGUCUUGGAAUUGGAUUACAUGGUUCCCAGAUCUAGAUUCACAUCUAACAGGUGCAUUCUUGGCAUGGAGGCCCACUAUCUGCUGCGAAAGUAUCGGUCUCCGAGAACAGAUACGGGAAUGGGACUGCUUGGACUACCCCGGAGCAGUUCAAAAACCUACCCGUUGUGA